AAGUUCCGCUCUGUGGCUGAGAAUCACGUGCACCAGAAGUCAAACAACGCCAAACAGACGAAAACACUCGAAGGGGGUUCGGACGCUGUUAAAUAAAUAAUACUAGGGCUACGGUUUACUCGAAUUAUAACCUCGAGCGCGGUUGAAACGAAGAAAACAACUUACAAAGGUCCAAUGCCUAAGCGCAAGGCAGAGUCGAAGCUUUCGUCGCUGGUGAAUGGAGACAUAGAGGGCGAUGAUCUGAGUCGCGUCGAGGAUGAUGAUAACGCGAGCAUAGAACCUCCGCCAGCCAAAAGACAGAAAGGACGGCCGAAAGCUACUACGACAAAGACUACGACCGCGGCAACAAAGACCACAAGGAAAACACGCUCGAAAGUGGUGGUGGGCCCAAAGAAGCGUGGUACGGCGGCAGGGCGAAAGAAGACAGCCAGGGUGGUUGAAGAGCCGCCAGCUGAUGAUGCGGACAGUGCUGAGGAAGAAAAUGAGACAUUAGGGAGAGAAGGAGUUUCAGAGGACGAGCUCGAUUCGCCGGAGACCGUUCAGAACCAAGAGAGUCAAGAGAAAACUCGAACACGAGGGAGAGCAAACGAUACCGAAACCGUAAGAGACGGGGAAUUCGAGUAUACACCUACAAAUACCAAGUCAGCGGCAGCUAGAGGACAAAAAGGAAAACAAACGGCAAAACAAGCGGCCAAGGAACCCUCUCCGCCUGCAGAGAUAACGCCGGAAACUGUGAAGAGUACAUCCAGGACUAGUAUAUCCGCUGGCAAAACACAAAGAUUCACGCCAUCAGGAGUCCACUGGGCUUCGCCUGUGAAAAGUACGAAUGUCUUGCCCCAGCACAGGACAUCUAGGCCAUCUGGGAUAAGACCAUGGGGCAGCCCUACAAAGGGCCGUGAGGCGGGAGAUGGCGAGGUUGCUCUCAGGCUGAAACUGGGUGAAAUGACCAAGAAGUAUGAGAGCAUGGAAGGGAAAUACCGCGCCUUGCGGGAGAUUGGCAUAGUUGAGGCAAACUCAAACCUAGAAAAGAUACGGAAACAGCAUGAGGAGACCGCCGCAGGUAAGCUGCUUUUAUCAUUCAAUGACGUACAUGGUGAUAAGCUGACAAGCAACAUCGGUAGCAUCUAAGCAACUUAUCAACUCCCUGAAGAGUGAACUGUCAAAGCAGUCAAGCGCGUCAAAACAAACCCGAGAUUUACAGAAGCAACUUGAAUCACGGAACGAGGAAGUGGCUCAGCUGCGACAACAGCUCGAAGAAAUGAAGUCUGGCCUAAACAAAGCUCAGACAGAGGCCAAGUCGCUACAAACAAAACUUACAGCUGCUAGGAAUGCUGCUACUAAUGCGGAAAAAGUAGCUACAGCAAGAGGCUCUGCUGUCAGGCCAGGAGCUGUAACUAGGGAUACUGCCAAUGGACUCUUGGAGUCGGCUCAGGUGGCCCAGCUCAAGGAAGACCUGUACAGCGACCUUACCGGCUUAAUUAUCCGAGACGUGAAGAAGAGAGAAUCAGACCACUUGUAUGACUGUAUACAAACCGGUCUUAAUGGAAGUAUGUUAGCCCAUGUCUCUCCCUCCUUUAUCUUACUAUGUCUCCGUUCUAACCUGCGAAAUAGCACUUCACUUCAAACUUGGUGUCAGCCACAACAUGGACAACCGGUCAACUGCCAGCCUGGAAGCAGCGGAGUUCCACUAUAUUCCCUUGCUGGAUGAGAACAGAGACCGAGAUCUGCUGGAGAUACUCCCCGACUAUCUUUCCGUAGACAUCACUUUUUCGCGGCAGCAUGCAGCUACAUUCUAUAGUCGCGUAGUAGAUAGGCUCACAAAGAAGCUGACGGACUCUUAGUUCGUCCUCAUAUAUAUAGCUCAAUACACCGCCAUUUCCCUCAGUUCCUCAUCGUCUCAUGUUCUCUUCAUCUUUUCCAUCUCGUCUUCCUCUGAGACCAUCCUCCAAAGGUCCUCCAUCCGUUCCUCGACUUAAGCUUAACUGAAAAUUUUCU